GUUCUGUCCCAGGCUGGAGUGAGUGGUACUGCUCCUCUGGAGAGCACGCAGUCAGUUAAACUAACCAGCGUCUCCAGGACCCGAGUUAAUUAGCAUCAUCCUUGCCUGACGCACCCAGCACAGUUCACUGAGGGGAUUACCAGGAAGAUAAUGACCUAAGAGUUGUCUUUUUGCAGAUAUUUGAGAGACCGUAGAAAAUCAGCACUCGGAAUUCUGUAUUCCAGAGCUGUCCAUUCCAAUGUGGACAAUGUGGAAGCAGAGGGUAGCACUAUGCGCCCUUGUGGGUGUGAUGGUUUUUGGCCUAUUCCCAAAUCUUGAAGCUCAGGAUGCCCCUGGGCCAGUCGACCUUGUGCUCUUAAUUGAUGGAUCAGAGAACGUUGGAGCUGACAACUUUCCCUACAUCCGCAAUAUGGCUGUCCAAGUGAUAGAGGGGCUUGCCGUGGGCAAGGACGCAAUCCGCGUAUCCGUUAUACUUUACGCUGAUGACCCUGAGAUUCAGUUCUAUCUCAAUAGCCAUGACAACAAAGAGAGCAUUCUCACUUCUAUCCGGGGAAUUGAGUACCCUGGCGGUAUUGAGGCAAAUCUCGGGAAAGCCUUGGAAGAGGUGACAAGCAGUCUGUUGGGUCCAGAAGUAGGGGGAAGGGCGGAUGAAGGGGUGCCACAGACACUGGUGGUGAUCAGUGCUGGGCAGUCCAGUGAUGAUGUCAGUCAGGGCGAUAAGGACCUAGAGCAGGCCAACGUGUACACCUUUGGCAUUGCUGUAGGUGGUUUUGAUGCUGCCCAAUUGGAAGCUAUUGCUACAGACAAAAGUUUUGUUCUGUCUGCACCUGAUGUCAGAGCGGUGGCAAACGUGGGUAACCAGAUGCUUCAAUACAUUAAUGGGGUCGCCCGGCGCACCAUUGUGAUUGAAACAGAGGUCAUAGAAGCUUCGGCUGUUGGACCAAGAGAUAUUGUUUUCCUCAUUGAUAGUAGCAUGGGUUCCACCCUUAUCAAUGCAGUGCGAGAAUUCAUCAAUAAGUUUAUUGGCACCAUGCCAAUUGGCCCCAAUCAGGUUCAGAUCGGAGUAGCCCUGUUUGGCACUACCCCAAAGAUGGAGAUCAACCUCAACUCAUUCAGUUCAAAAGAAUCCCUAACCUCUGCCCUUGCCAGAAUAAAACCCAGACCUUCCACUGAUGUCAACAUUGGUGCUGCCCUGGAUUUCAUAAGGACCGACAUGUUUACAGCUGGGAGUGGGAGCCGCAUUCAACAAGGAGUGCCACAGCUUGUGUUGCUACUGACUAGUAAAAAAUCUAAAGACAGCGUCCAGCAGCCAGCUGAGGCACUUCGUCAGAUGGGUGUACUGACUUUGGCUGCAGGGUCUCGAGCCGCUAGUGAGGAUGAGCUCAAACAAAUAGCUUUUGAUGAUAGUCUGGUUUUCAUGCUCAGGGACUUCAGAGCUUUGAUACGCAAUCCCAGAGAAAUCAUCUCCCCUCUCUCUACAUUAUCUGGUGUUGUUGUGAUAGAGACUCCAACUGAAACAGACCCACUUGUGGAGGUCACUACAAUUGAGACCCAAAAAGUUGUCAGAGACAUUCUCUUCGUGGUGGAUGGAUCCGUUCAUGUUGGAAAUGCCAACCUACCAUUUGUUCGAGACUUUAUCACUGAGGUGGUGAACAAACUAGACGUACGACCUGAGCGUGUACGCAUCGCCCUAAUGCAGUUUGCUGAGAAACAGCGUACAGAGUUUUAUUUUAACACCCACAACACCAAACAGGAUGUGCUCUCUAGCAUUGCUCAACUACGUCUAAUGGGGGGACGUUCAUUAAACACUGGUGCCGCUCUAGAAUAUGCCCUUAAUAACCAUUUCCAGGCAUCAGCUGGGUCUCGUAGGGGGCAGGGGAUCCAGCAGGUACUUGUGCUGCUGACAGGAGGUCCUUCACAAGAUGAAGUCAAGAGAAUUGCAGACCGUGUAGCUUUAGCUGGAGUUUUGACUUUUGCUGUUGGAGCUGGCCGAGUGGAAGAGAGAUUCCUGAAAACAGUUGCUUUCGUAGAAAAUUUGGCAUACUUCAGAGGAAGGUUUAGCGAAUUGUCAAGCGUGGUUGACGAAAUAAUGACACCUCUGAUCACUGUUGUUGGAGAGACUGAUACAGUUCCAAUAGUGAUUGAAACUUCUGGUGGUGAAAGAGAUGUUGCAUUCCUGAUUGACGGCUCUGAUGAUGUCAGAGGGGACUUUAACCAUAUCCGUGACUUCAUUUCCAAAGUCAUUGCGCCUCUUGACAUUGGCCCUGAUAAAGUACGAGUCGCUGUGGUCCAGCAUAGUGAAAGACCAACCCCUAACUUCUACCUGAACACUUAUCAAACCAAAGAUGAAGUGUUGAGAGCUGUAAAUGGACUUUCUCUGGCUGGUGGCAGAAGUUUAAACACUGGUGCUGCCCUGACCUUCAUGAAAAACAACAUCUUAACACCAGGAUAUGGGAGUCGAGCAGCCCAAAACGUUCCCCAGUUUUUGAUUGUUCUGACUGGGGGAAGAUCAAGAGACAGCGUCAGGGAACCUGCAGUUGCUCUAAAGACUGAGGGAGUUGUACCCUUCGGUGUCGGAGUGAAAAAUGCAGACCGGAAACAGAUUGAGGCCAUAUCGCACAAUCCAUCAUUUGCUUUCAAUGUGAAGGAAUUCAGCGAGCUCAGCACUGUUAAUGAAAAAAUCAAGAACUAUGUGACUCUUCCAAAGGCACAACUAGAGGUCGUUCUAGAGGAAGCUGAUGACAAAGACAUAGCAAAAGAUGUAGUAUUCCUGUUGGAUGGGUCUGAUGGUACUAGAAAUGGAUUCCAUGCAAUGUGUGAUUUUCUCCAAAGAGUUGUUGGUAAACUCAAUGUGGAGGAGAGCAAAUACAGAGUAUCUGUGGUUCAGUACAGUGACAACCCAAAGGUUGAGUUUUAUCUUAAAACAUACUCAACAAAGAUGGAGGUUCUAAAUGCAAUAAAGUUGCUAAAACACAAAGGUGGAAAAGAUGCCAACACAGGGGCAGCCAUCCAGUUUGUGAGGCACCAGGUUUUCACUUCCUCUUCUGGGAGUAGACGACUUCAAGAUAUUCCUCAAAUGCUAAUAUUAUUGAGUAGCAGACCAUCUAGCGAUGAAGUAAUAGAACCUGCCAUGGCCAUAAAAGAUCUUGAAAUAGGAAUAAUAAGCAUUGGUAUAGAAAAUGCAGAUUCAGAUGAGCUGAAAGAAGUGUCAUUCCAAUCCCAAUUUGCAUAUCUUAGUAGAUUUGAUGACCUCCAUUUAAUUGAGCCACAACUAGUUUCUGCUAUUAAGAACUCCAAACAAUUUGAAGAAAUUUCAAUCACAGGAGUUCCAGAAUCAACUGUGGAAUUAGAUGCAGCACAAAGAGACAUUGUCUUUCUCCUGGAUGGGUCUGAUGAUACUAGGGAUGCAUUUAAACAAAUAUGUCAGUUUGUUAAAAGAGUGGUUGACAAACUUAAUAUUGGACCGAGCACAGACAGAGUGUCCGUGGUCCAGUACAGCACAAAGCCACGCAUCCAAUUUGAUUUGAACACAUAUGCCACAAAGCAAGACGUUUUAAGGUCAAUUGAGAGCCUACAACACCUGGGAGGAAGUCCCCUUAACAUAGGAGGAGCUCUUGACUUUAUAAAAAACAUGUUUGUUGCCUCCUCUGGGAGCAGAAUAAAUGAGGGGGUUCCUCAGAUUCUUGUCAUUCUUACUGGAGGAAGGUCUCAAGAUGAUGUUAGAGCACCUGCUGCUGCCCUGAAACAGAACCAUAUAGUCCCGUUUAGUAUAGGCACUCAAAAUGCAGAUGUUAUUCAGCUGCAGACCAUGUCAUAUGAUCCUGAUCACACCCUUAUUGUCCCUCAAUUUGAUGACCUUCAAACCAUCGAGCAAAAACUUGUAUCAUAUGUAAAAAGAGUUCCUCGUCAGCCUAGGAGGCUUCAACCAACAACAGCAGAUACCGGAAAGAGAGAUAUUGUUUUUUUAAUUGAUGGCUCUGAUGACACAAGUGAAAGUUUCUCAGAAGUGCAAAACUUUGUACAGACCCUGGUUAAGCAACUGAACGUAGCACCAGAUAAAGAUCGUGUUUCAGUGGUCCAGUACAGUGAUGACACAGCUGUUGAUUUCAAGCUGAAUGCCCAUUCAUCCUUAGAUGAUGUUUUAAACCAUGUGAAACGCCUAAGUCAUAAAGGAGGAAAGCUGCGUCACACAGGGGCAGCUUUACAGUAUGUUAAGGACAACUUGUUUACUGCUGAUGCAGGAAGUAGACAGGUGGAAGGUGUGCCUCAGGUUUUAAUUCUGAUGAGUUCUGGGAGGUCUAGAGAUGAUAUUCGUGGUCCAGCUAAAGCUUUGAGAGACACUGGUGUCAUUUCCUUAAGUAUUGGUACCCCAAAUGCUGAUACGCUUGAGUUACAAACAAUAUCCCAUCAACCAAAUUACUUUUUUAUUUCUGACUUUGAAAACCUUCAUGAAGUUCAAAAGAAUAUUUUACCAUUAAUAAAGGGGUUAUCUUACCAACAGCCGCCAACAAUGAGAUUUCGGGUCUCUGAAACUGUCAAAAGGGAUGUUGCAUUUCUUAUUGAUGGAUCUGAUGAUUCUAAUAAUGGUUUUGAGGCAAUUCGCAAUUUUAUGCAAAGAGUGGUUGAAGGUCUAUAUGUGGAUGAAGACCACGAUAGGGUGGCUGUUGUCCAGUACAGUCGAGAUUCUACAGCAAAUUUUUAUCUCAGCUCGUACUCAACUAAAAAUGAGGUGCUGAAUUCAAUACGUUCCAUAAGGCACAAAAGUGGAAGGCCACUAAACACUGGAGCUGCUUUGCAGUUUAUUAAAGAAAAUAUAUUUACACCAUCAUCUGGAGGCAGGCAUCAAGAGGGUGCAGCUCAGAUUCUGUAUCUAUUUAGUGGUGGUAGAUCCAAUGAUGAUGUGAGAACCAUUUCACAAGAAUUAAGAAAAAGCAACAUUAAAGUCUUUACCAUUGGCACAAGAAAUGCUGACACACUUGAGUUACAGACAGUGUCUUUUACACCAGCAUAUGCUUUCUUUGUUUCUGACUUUACUUCAAUUGACAGCAUUUUCCAAAGACUUGAUUCUGUUUUGACAAGUGAUAAUGAAAUUCCUGAGCAGUUUCCAACACCUGUGGUAAAGACUUCAAAUGGAAAAAGAGAUAUUGUGUUUCUUAUUGAUGGAUCUGAUGAUGCUAGUCACAGAUUCACAGCUAUACGAGAUUUUGUAGCCAGUUUGGCAGAAAUGUUUGAUGUUGGUCCAGGAAAAGAUCAAAUUGCUGUUGUGCAGUUCAGUAAUACUGCAGAAAUAAACUUUAAUCUCCGUAAGUAUUCAUCAACUCCUGAGGUGGCAGAUGCUAUAAGAAAACUUAAAUCAAAAGGGGGAAGGCCACAAUAUAUUGGCAGGGCUCUACAAUUUGUUAGAGACAAUAUUUUUUCCUCAAGAGGUGAAGAUGGUGUUGCUCAAAUGCUUGUGCUUGUGGCUGGUGGCAGAUCAAGAGACUCUCCCCGUGGACCAGCUAACUCACUCAAGGGUCUUGGGGUAGUCAUUUUUGCCAUUGGGUCAAGGCUGACAGAUCCCAUUGAAAUGGAUGCCAUUUCAACAAGUACAGAUUAUGCUUUUGCUGUUCCUGAUUUUAAAGACUUAAAAAAUGUCCACCAAAGUUUCAUGUCAAAGCUUACAGGAGUGACACACAAAGAAGACACCACAAAAGAAGUUGAUGGAUUUAAAAGGGAUAUUGCCUUUCUUGUGGAUGGUUCUGACAGUACAAGAAGAGGAUUUCAAGAAAUACGUAAUUUUCUGUACAAUGUUAUCACAAAUCUCAAUGUGGGAAUUGAUAUGGACAGAAUAUCAAUAAUUCAGUACAGCAAUGUAGCUGUUGCAAAUUUUUAUCUAAAUUCAUUCAUAAGAAAAGAUGAUGUAUUGAAUCGUGUUAAGGUGUUAAGCCAUAAAGGUGGGAGGCCACUUAACACAGGAUCUGCCCUUCGAUAUGUGAAGGAUAAUAUAUUUACAAGUUCUUCAGGGAGUAGGCACAAAGAAGGCAUUCCUCAAAUAUUAAUUCUGCUGACUAAUGGAACAUCAAGGGAUAACAUUUCAGAGGCAGCCUCUUCUCUUAAAGAACAUGGAGUACUAAUACUUGGAAUUGGAGCGAAGGACUCAGACUCUGAAGAACUGCACAAAAUAUCAUCUGAAAAUCAAGUGCUGUCAUUUACUGAAUUCAGUGAAUUACCAAAAAUCCAGGCACAAUUAUUGGAAGCAAUGAAACCAGAUCCUACUAACAGUGAAAAAGUCUUGUUGGCUGAGAGUCAUAGACCAAAGAGAGACGUUGUCUUCCUGCUGGAUGGAUCGGAUGGCACUAUGAUUUCUUUCCCAGCAAUGCGUGACUUUGUGCAAAGAGUAGUGCAGAAAUUAAACAUAAAGGAAAACGAAGACCGAGUUUCUGUGGUGCAGUACAGUCGAGACCCAGAGAUCCAUUUCCAUUUAAAUGCCUACACAACGAAGGAAGACGUUUUAGACAGUGUGAGAGGUCUGAGACACAAAGGGGGGAGGCCCCUCAAUACAGGGGCAGCGCUUCAGCACGUCAAAGACAAUGUCUUUACAGCCUCUUCUGGCAGCAGGCGACUGGAGGGUGUGCCGCAAGUGCUGAUUUUGCUUAGCGGGGGAAGGUCAUAUGACAAUGUUGACGCAGCAGCAUCCUCUCUGAAGGAAAUUGGAGUUUUGACAUUCGGAAUAGGAUCAAGGGGCUCUGAUAGCAGGGAAUUGCAGAGAAUUUCAAAUGACCCCAAGUAUGCUAUAUCUGUGUCUGACUUUAGUGAGCUUCCAAAUGUCCAAGAGCAGUUGCUGGCCUCCGUUGAGACGGUUGCAAUACCCAUUGCUACAGCUUCACCAACUGUUACUGCUGACUACACAACACCCAAAAAGGACGUAGUUUUUCUGUUGGACGGUUCAGAUGGCACUAGGAGUUCUUUCCCAGCAAUGCGUGACUUUGUGCAAAGAGUAAUGGAGAAAUUAAACAUAGAGGAAAACAGAGACCGAGUUUCUGUGGUUCAGUACAGUCGAGACCCAGAGGUCCAUUUCCAUUUAAAUGCAUACACAACGAAGGAAGACGUUUUAGAAACUGUGAGAGGUCUGAGACACAAAGGGGGGAGACCCCUCAACACAGGGGCAGCUCUUCAACACGUCAAAGACAAUGUCUUUACUGCCUCCUCUGGCAGCAGACGACGGGAGGGUGUGCCGCAAAUAUUGAUUCUCCUAAGUGGGGGAAGGUCAUAUGACAAUGUUGACGCAGCAGCAUCCUCUCUGAAGGAAAUUGGAGUCUUAACCUUCGGAAUAGGAUCGAGGGGCUCUGAUAGCGGGGAAUUGCAGAGAAUUUCAAAUGACCCCAAUUAUGCUAUAUCUGUGUCUGACUUUAGUGAGCUUCCAAAUGUCCAAGAGCAGUUGCUGGCCUCCGUACACACGGUUUCAGUACCCAUUGCUACAACGUCACCAACUGGUAUGUGCAUGACAAACAUUUACGUGCUGUGCCUUUUCUGUCUAGAUGUGAAAUCGCUGAGUAGUUGUGGGCUGUGGGAUAAUCACCAACCAAAGGACGUAGUUUUUCUGCUCGACGGUUCAGAUGGCACUAGGAGUUCUUUCCUAGCAAUGCGUGACUUUGUGCAAAGAGUAAUGGAGAAAUUAAACAUAGAGGAAAACAGAGACCGAGUUUCUGUGGUUCAGUACAGUCGAGACCCAGAGGUCCAUUUCCAUUUAAAUGCAUACACAACGAAGGAAGACGUUUUAGAAAGUGUGAGAGGUCUGAGACACAAAGGGGGGAGACCCCUCAACACAGGGGCAGCUCUUCAACACGUCAAAGACAAUGUCUUUACUGCCUCCUCUGGCAGCAGACGACUGGAGGGUGUGCCGCAAAUAUUGAUUCUCCUAAGUGGGGGAAGGUCAUAUGACAAUGUUGACGCAGCAGCAUCCUCUCUGAAGGAAAUUGGAGUCUUGACCUUCGGAAUAGGAUCGAGGGGCUCUGAUAGCGGGGAAUUGCAGAGAAUUUCAAAUGACCCCAAUUAUGCUAUAUCUGUGUCUGACUUUAGUGAGCUUCCAAAUGUCCAAGAGCAGUUGCUGGCCUCCGUACACACGGUUUCAGUACCCAUUGCUACAACGUCACCAACUGCUGUGUUUUGUUUUUUUCCCAUAGCUGACUACACAACAGCCAAAAAGGACGUUGUUUUUCUGUUGGACGGUUCAGAUGGCACUAGGACUUCUUUCCCAGCAAUGCGUGAAUUUGUACAAAGAGUAGUGGAGAAAUUAAACAUAGCAGAAAACAGAGACCGAGUUUCUGUGGUGGAGUACAGUCGAGAACCAGAGGUCAAUUUCUAUUUAAAUGCCUACACAACAAAGGAAGACGUUUUAGACAGUGUGAGAGGUCUGAGACACAAAGGAGGGAGGCCCCUCAACACAGGGGCAGCUCUCCAGUACCUCAAAGACAAUGUCUUUACUGCCUCCUCUGGCAGCAGACGACUGGAGGGUGUGCCGCAAAUAUUGAUUCUCCUAAGUGGGGGAAGGUCAUAUGACAAUGUUGACGCAGCAGCAUCCUCUCUGAAGGAAAUUGGAGUUUUGACAUUCGGAAUAGGAUCGAGGGGCUCUGAUAGCGGGGAAUUGCAGAGAAUUUCAAAUGACCCCAAGUAUGCUGUAUCUGUGUCUGACUUUAGUGAGCUUCCAAAUGUCCAAGAGCAGUUGUUGGCCUCCGUAGAGACGGUUGUAAUACCCAUUACUACAUUGUCACCAACUGUUACUGCUGAUUACACCGUGCCCAGAAAGGACGUUGUUUUUCUGCUCGACGGUUCAGAUGGCACUAGGAGUUCUUUCCCAGCAAUGCGUGACUUUGUGCAAAGAGUAAUGGAGAAAUUAAACAUAGAGGAAAACAGAGACCGAGUUUCUGUGGUGCAGUACAGUCGAGACCCAGAGGUCCAUUUCCAUUUAAAUGCAUACACAACAAAGGAAGACGUUUUAGACAGUGUGAGAGGUCUGAGACACAAAGGAGGGAGGCCCCUCAACACAGGGGCAGCUCUCCAGUACCUCAAAAACAAUGUCUUUACUGCCUCCUCUGGCAGCAGACGACUGGAGGGUGUGCCGCAAAUAUUGAUUCUCCUAAGUGGGGGAAGGUCAUAUGACAAUGUUGACGCAGCAGCAUCCUCUCUGAAGGAAAUUGGAGUUUUGACAUUCGGAAUAGGAUCGAGGGGCUCUGAUAGCGGGGAAUUGCAGAGAAUUUCAAAUGACCCCAAGUAUGCUGUAUCUGUGUCUGACUUUAGUGAGCUUCCAAAUGUCCAAGAGCAGUUGUUGGCCUCCGUACACACGGUUGCAGUACCCAUUGCUACAACGUCACCAACUGCUGAUUACACCGUGCCCAGAAAGGACGUCGUUUUUCUGCUUGAUGGUUCAGAUGGCACUAUGAGUUCUUUCCCAGCAAUGCGUGACUUUGUACAAAGAGUUGUGAAGAAAUUAAACAUAGCGGAAAACAGAGACCGAGUUUCUGUGGUGCAGUACAGUCGAGACCCAGAGGUCCAUUUCCAUUUAAAUGCCUACACAACGAAGGAAGACGUUUUAGACAGUGUGAGAGGUCUGAGACACAAAGGGGGGAGGCCCCUCAACACAGGGGCAGCUCUUCAACACGUCAAAGACAAUGUCUUUACUGCCUCUUCUGGCAGCAGACGACUGGAGGGUGUUCCGCAAGUGCUGAUUUUGCUAAGCGGGGGAAGGUCAUAUGACAAUGUUGACGCAGCAGCAUCCUCUCUGAAGAAAAUUGGAGUCUUGAUCUUCGGAAUAGGAUCGAGGGGCUCUGAAAGCGGGGAAUUGCAGAGAAUUUCAAAUGACCCCAAGUAUGCUUUAUCUGUGUCUGACUUUAGUGAGCUUCCAAAUGUCCAAGAGCAGUUGCUGGCCUCCGUACACACGGUUGUAGUACCCAUUGCUACAACUUCACCAACUGCUGACUACACAACAACUAAAAAGGACGUAGUUUUUCUGUUGGACAGUUCAGAUGGCACUAGGAUUUCUUUCCCAGCAAUGCGUGACUUUGUACAAAGGGUAGUGGAGAAAUUAAACAUAGCGGAAAACAGAGACCGAGUUUCUGUGGUGCAGUACAGUCGAGACCCAGAGGUCCAUUUCCACUUAAAUGCCUACACAACGAAGGAAGACAUUUUAGACAGUGUGAGAGGUCUGAGACACAAAGGAGGGAGGCCCCUCAACACAGGGGCAGCUCUCCAGUACCUCAAAGACAAUGUCUUUACUGCCUCCUCUGGCAGCAGACGACUGGAGGGUGUGCCGCAAAUAUUGAUUCUCCUAAGUGGGGGAAGGUCAUAUGACAAUGUUGACGCAGCAGCAUCCUCUUUGAAGGAAAAUGGAGUCUUGACCUUCGGAAUAGGAUUGAGGGGCUCUGAUAGCAGGGAAUUGCAGAGAAUUUCAAAUGACCCCAAGUAUGCUUUAUCUGUGUCUGACUUUAGUGAACUUCCAAAUGUCCAAGAGCAGUUGCUGGCCAUCGUACACACGGUUGUAGUACCCAUUGCUACAACAUCACCAACUGCUGAUUACACCGUGCCCAGAAAGGAUGUCGUUUUUCUGCUUGACGGUUCAGAUGGCACUAGGAGUUCUUUCCCAGCAAUGCGUGACUUUGUGCAAAGAGUAAUGGCGAAAUUAAACAUAGAGGAAAACAGAGACCGAGUUUCUGUGGUGCAGUACAGUCGAGACCCAGAGGUCCUUUUCCAUUUAAAUGCAUACACAACAAAGGAAGACGUUUUAGAAAGUGUGAGAGGUCUGAGACACAAAGGGGGGAGGCCCCUCAACACAGGGGCAGCUCUUCAACACGUCAAAGACAAUGUCUUUACUGCCUCUUCUGGCAGCAGACGACUGGAGGGUGUGCCACAAGUGCUGAUUUUGCUUAGCGGGGGAAGGUCAUAUGACAAUGUUGACGCAGCAGCAUCCUCUCUGAAGGAAAUUGGAGUCUUGACCUUCGGAAUAGGAUCGAGAGGCUCUGAUAGCGGGGAAUUGCAGAGAAUUUCAAAUGAUCCCAAGUAUGCUUUAUCUGUGUCUGACUUUAGUGAGCUUCCAAAUGUCCAAGAGCAGUUGCUGGCCUCCGUAGAGACGGUUGCAAUACCCAUUGCUACAACGUCAUCAACUGUUACCGCUGACUACACAACACCCAAAAAGGAUGUAGUUUUUCUGUUGGACGGUUCAGAUGCCACUAGGAAUUCUUUCCCAGCAAUGCGUGACUUUGUACAAAGGGUAGUGGAGAAAUUAAACAUAAAGGAAAACAGAGACCGAGUUUCUGUGGUUCAGUACAGUCGAGACCCAGAGGUCAAUUUCUAUUUAAAUGCAUACACAACGAAGGAAGGCGUUUUAGACAGUGUGAGAGAUCUGAGACACAAAGGGGGGAGACCCCUCAACACAGGGGCAGCUCUCCAGUACGUCAAAGACAAUGUCUUUACUGCCUCCUCUGGCAGCAGACUACUGGAGGGUGUGCCGCAAAUAUUGAUUCUCCUAAGUGGGGGAAGGUCAUAUGACAAUGUUGACGCAGCAGCAUCCUCUCUGAAGGAAAUUGGAGUCUUGACCUUCGGAAUAGGAUCGAGAGGCUCUGAUAGCGGGGAAUUGCAGAGAAUUUCAAAUGAUCCCAAGUAUGCUUUAUCUGUGUCUGACUUUAGUGAGCUUCCAAAUGUCCAAGAGCAGUUGCUGGCCUCCGUACUCACGGUUGUAGUACCCAUUGCUACAACGUCACCAACUGGUAUGUGCUUGACAAACAUUUACGUGCUGUGCCUUUUCUCUGACUACACAACACCCAAAAAGGACGUAGUUUUUCUGUUGGACGGUUCAGAUGGCACUAGAAAUUCUUUCCCAGCAAUGCGUGACUUUGUACAAAGGGUAGUGGAGAAAUUAAACAUAGAGGAAAACAGAGACCGAGUUUCUGUGGUGCAGUACAGUCGAGACCCAGAGGUCAAUUUCUAUUUAAAUGCAUACACAACGAAGGAAGACGUUUUAGACAGUGUGAGAGGUCUGAGACACAAAGGGGGGAGACCCCUCAACACAGGGGCAGCUCUCCAGUAUGUCAAAGACAAUGUCUUUACUGCCUCCUCUGGCAGCAGACGACUGGAGGGUGUGCCGCAAAUAUUGAUUCUCCUAAGUGGGGGAAGGUCAUAUGACAAUGUUGACGCAGCAGCAUCCUCUCUGAAGGAAAUUGGAGUCUUGACCUUCGGAAUAGGAUCGAGAGGCUCUGAUAGCGGGGAAUUGCAGAGAAUUUCAAAUGAUCCCAAGUAUGCUUUAUCUGUGUCUGACUUUAGUGAGCUUCCAAAUGUCCAAGAGCAGUUGCUGGCCUCCGUACUCACGGUUGUAGUACCCAUUGCUACAACGUCACCAACUGCUGACUACACAACACCCAAAAAGGACGUAGUUUUUCUGUUGGACGGUUCAGAUGGCACUAGGAAUUCUUUCCCAGCAAUGCGUGACUUUGUACAAAGGGUAGUGGAGAAAUUAAACAUAGAGGAAAACAGAGACCGAGUUUCUGUGGUGCAGUAUAGUCGAGACCCAGAGGUCCAUUUCCACUUAAAUGCCUACACAACGAAGGAAGACAUUUUAGACAGUGUGAGAGGUCUGAGACACAAAGGAGGGAGGCCCCUCAACACAGGGGCAGCUCUCCAGUACGUCAAAGACAAUGUAUUUACUGCCUCCUCUGGCAGCAGACGACUGGAGGGUGUGCCGCAAAUAUUGAUUCUCCUAAGUGGGGGAAGGUCAUAUGACAAUGUUGACGCAGCAGCAUCCUCUCUGAAGGAAAUUGGAGUCUUGACCUUCGGAAUAGGAUCGAGAGGCUCUGAUAGCGGGGAAUUGCAGAGAAUUUCAAAUGACCCCAAGUAUGCUUUAUCUGUGUCUGACUUUAGUGAGCUUCCAAAUGUCCAAGAGCAGUUGCUGGCCUCCGUACACACGGUUGUAGUACCCAUUGCUACAACGUCACCAACUGCUGACUACACAACACCCAAAAAGGACGUAGUUUUUCUGUUGGACGGUUCAGAUGGCACUAGGAAUUUUUUCCCAGCAAUGCGUGACUUUGUACAAAGGGUAGUGGAGAAAUUAAACAUAGAGGAAAACAGAGACCGAGUUUCUGUGGUGCAGUACAGUCGAGACCCAGAGGUCAAUUUCUAUUUAAAUGCAUACACAACGAAGGAAGACGUUUUAGAAAGUGUGAGAGGUCUGAGACACAAAGGGGGGAGACCCCUCCACACAGGGGCAGCUCUCCAGUACGUCAAAGACAAUGUAUUUACUGCCCUCUCUGGCAGCAGACGACUGGAGGGUGUGCCGCAAAUAUUGAUUCUCCUAAGUGGGGGAAGGUCAUAUGACAAUGUUGACGCAGCAGCAUCCUCUCUGAAGGAAAUUGGAGUCUUGACCUUCGGAAUAGGAUCGAGGGGCUCUGAUAGCGGGGAAUUGCAGAGAAUUUCAAAUGACCCCAAGUAUGCUUUAUCUGUGUCUGACUUUAGUGAGCUUCCAAAUGUCCAAGAGCAGUUGCUGGCCUCAGUACACACGGUUGCAGUACCCAUUGCUACAACGUCACCAACUGCUGAUUACACCGUGCCCAGAAAGGACGUAGUUUUUCUGUUGGACGGUUCAGAUGGCACUAGGAGUUCUUUCCCAGCAAUGCGUGACUUUGUACAAAGAGUUGUGAAGAAAUUAAACAUAGCGGAAAACAGAGACCGAGUUUCUGUGGUGCAGUACAGUCGAGACCCAGAGGUCCUUUUCCAUUUAAAUGCAUACACAACGAAGGAAGACGUUUUAGACAGUGUAAGAGGUCUGAGACACAAACGGGGGAGGCCCCUCAACACAGGGGCAGCUCUUCAACACGUCAAAGACAAUGUCUUUACUGCCUCUUCUGGCAGCAGACGACUGGAGGGUGUGCCGCAAGUGCUGAUUUUGCUUAGCGGGGGAAGGUCAUAUGACAAUGUUGAUGCAGCAGCAUCCUCUCUGAAGGAAAUUGGAGUCUUGACCUUCGGAAUAGGAUCGAGGGACUCUGAUAGCGGGGAAUUGCAGAGAAUUUCAAAUGACCCCAAGUAUGCUAUAUCUGUGUCUGACUUUAGUGAGCUUCCAAAUGUCCAAGAGCAGUUGCUGGCCUCCGUAGAGACGGUUGCAAUACCAAUUGUUACAACGUCACCAACUGUUACCGCUGAUUACACCGUGCCCAGAAAGGACGUUGUUUUUCUGCUUGACGGUUCAGAUGGCACUAGGAGUUCUUUCCCAGCAAUGCGUGACUUUGUGCAAAGAGUAAUGGCGAAAUUAAACAUAGAGGAAAACAGAGACCGAGUUUCUGUGGUGCAGUACAGUCGAGACCCAGAGGUCCAUUUCCAUUUAAAUGCAUACACAACGAAGGAAGACGUUUUAGAAAGUGUGAGAGGUCUGAGACACAAAGGGGGGAGGCUCCUCAACACAGGGGCAGCUCUUCAACACGUCAAAGACAAUGUCUUUACUGCCUCCUCUGGCAGCAGACGACUGGAGGGUGUUCCGCAAGUGCUGAUUUUGCUUAGCGGGGGAAGGUCAUAUGACAAUGUUGAUGCAGCAGCCUCUUCUCUGAAGGAAAUUGGAGUCUUGACCUUUGGAAUAGGAUCGAGGGGCUCUGAUAGCGGGGAAUUGCAGAGAAUUUCAAAUGACCCCAAGUAUGCUAUAUCUGUGUCUGACUUUAGUGAGCUUCCAAAUGUCCAAGAGAAGUUGCUGGCCUCCGUAGAGACGGUUGCAAUACCCAUUGCUACAACGUCAUCAACUGUUACCGCUGACUACACCGCACCCAGAAAGGAUGUAGUUUUUCUGUUGGACGGUUCAGAUGGCACUAGGAAUUCUUUCCCAGCAAUGCGUGACCUUGUGCAAAAAGUAGUGGAGAAUUUAAACAUAGAGGAAAACAGAGACCAGGUUUCUGUGGUGCAGUACAGUGGAGUCCCAGAGGUCCAUUUCUAUUUAAAUUCAUACACAACGAAGGAAGAUAUUUUAGACAGUGUGAGAGGUCUGAGACACAAAGGGGGUAGGCCCCUCAACACAGGGGCAGCUCUUCAGCACGUUAAAGACAGUGUCUUUACCGUGUCUUCUGGCAGCAGACGACUGGAGGGUGUACCGCAAGUGCUGAUUUUGCUUACCGCGGGAAGGUCAUAUGACAAUGUUGAUGCAGCAGCAUCCUCUCUGAAAGAAAUUGGAGUCUUGACCUUUGGGAUAGGAUUGAGGGGCUCUGAUAGCAGAGAAUUGAGGAGAAUUUCAAAUGACCCCAACUAUGUUAUAUCCAUAUCCGACUUCAGGGAGCUUUCAAAUGUCCAAGAGCAGCUGCUGGCCUUCGUACAGACGGAUGCAGCACCCAUCACUCCAACGUCACUGACAUUUACUGCUGAAUCUCAAGGACCCAAGAAGGACAUUGUCUUUGUGGUCGAUGGCUCUGAUGAUGUUGGCAGAGAGUUCCCAAUUAUCCAAGAGUUUAUGCGCAAAGUCGUGGAGAAUCUAAAUAUUGGUGAGAACAAGAUCAGAGUCGGUGUGGUGCAGUAUGCCGAUAAUCCAUAUGCAGACAUAUAUCUUAACUCCCAUAAGACCAAAGAAGGUGUUCUAAAUGGCAUCAAGGAACUCAGACAAAGAGGGGGGAGACAGCGCAACCUUGGUCGAGCCAUAGAUUUUGUUAGUCGGGAAGUUCUGACCUAUGGACGUGGUGGAAGAAAACAGGAGGGAGUUCCACAAUUCGUUGUAGUGAUUUCAGGUGGAAAAGCAACAGACAAUAUAAGAACAUCUGCAACAGCUCUGAAACAGUCAGGAAUUGUCCCAUUUGGAAUAGGGACAAGGGAAGUUGGCUCUCAGGAAUUGCAGGUUAUCUCUUAUGUUCCCAGAUUUGCUUUUUCAGUUGAUGACUUGCCUGGUCUUUAUACCGUUCAGGACACACUUCUCACUACUCUGACUGAACUAUCUAGUGACGAGUUAGCCAGGCUACGCCCUGUUUAUCCUACAGUACCAGAGGUUGAAAUUCCACCAGUGCGUCCUGGAGAUAAGAGGGAUGUUGUGUUCCUGAUUGAUGGCACAACAAACAGGCGCAGUGAAUUCCCUCUAAUAAGAGACAUGGUUCAGCAAGUGGUGGAAAAAUUAGAUGUGGGUCUGAACAAUGUGAGGGUCUCAGUUGUGCAGUAUAGUGAUGAUCCAAAGCUAGAGUUUCUCUUAAAUCAGCACUCCUCCAAGGAAGAAGUUCGCCAGGCAUUACGAGCAAUGAGACACAAAGGUGGAAAUCAGCUUAAUACUGGACAAGCUCUGGAAUUUGUCUCGAGGAACAUCUUUCAAAGAUCUGCUGGUAGUCGUUUAGAGGAUGGUGUUCCCCAGUUUCUCAUCCUGGUGACCGGAGGAAAGUCAAGUGAUGAUGUAUCUGGUCCUGCCAGACAGCUGAAGUUAAGUCGUGUUGCCCCCUUGGCAGUUGGAGGAUAUACUGCCGAUGCAGAGGAACUAAAACAAAUUUCAUUCCAUCCAGAACUAGCUUUCACAAUCAGAAACUUCAAUGAGCUUUCUAGAGUAGAGCAACAGCUUUUGAACAAAGUCAGAACCAUGACAAGUAAAGAAAUUUCUGAACCCCCUCUACCUGCAGACCUCAGUCUUGGUAAAAAGGACAUAAUAUUCCUCAUUGAUGGCUCUGACAGUGUUGGACCAGAUGGUGUUGCUCACAUUCGUGACUUCAUCAUCAAAGUGGUGGAAAGGCUUAAUGUGCAUCCUGACCAAGUUCGUGUGGCUUUGGUACAGUAUGCACAAAAUCCUAAAACUGAAUUCUCUUUGAUCUCUCACAACAACAAGCAGUCCGUUCUUUCUGCAGUCAAGAGAUUACGUCAAAUGGGUGGACGUGGCAGCGACCUGGCUGCGGCUAUAAAUUAUGUGAUUAACAAUGAGCUCAAACCUUCUGCUGGGGUACGCCUAGCAGAGGCUUCCCAGCAUUUGGUGGUGCUCACUGGUGGAAGGUCUACCUCUGAUGUAUCUAGAUUUGGUGAUCUUCUCAAAAACCAACGGGUCAACUGUAUAGGUAUUGGAUCUCAGAAUGCAGAUCAAGGACAAUUGAGACAGAUUACAACAACCACUGAUGACGUCCUGCAGGUGGAUAUUUUACCAAAUCUUUCAAACCUACAGAGCCCGUUAAUAGCCAGACUUAAUGGUUCGAUUGCAGCGGUGCCUACCAUAGGUCCGUACUUCCCAGACCUGCCAAAGUCUAAGGCUGCUGACAUUGUCUUUUUGAUUGAUGGUUCAAUGAAUCUUGGCAAGGCUAAUUUCAAAGAGGUCAUGGAAUUUGUUAGCGGUUUAAUUGAUACCUUUUGGAUGGAGAGAGACAACAUUCGAAUUGGUCUUGCACAUUAUGCUGCAGAUGUGACAGAUGUCUUCUACCUAAAUACCUACAAAAAUAAGGAUGACAUCGUAAGCGCCAUAACCCGAACAGAUUACAAGGGAGGUCGAGAAAUUAGAACAGGCAAUGCCAUCCGCCACGUUCAGCGAGAACACUUUGUCAAAGAAAAAGGCAGCCGGAAAGAUGAGGGCAUUCCACAGAUUCUGAUGGUCAUCAAUGGUGGACGGUCAAAGGAUGAUGGUCAGUCAGCAGCACUAGCUCUUAAAGGCACUGGUGUGCGCAUCUAUGCUGUUGGUAUAGGUGACAUUGAAGACGAGCUCAAUAAUCUGGCCAGUGAGACAACUACAGUUGCCCGAGCCAGCACUUACCAAGAACUAUCUGAGCUGACUGAGCUGAUUUUGCAAGCAUUUGAUGAUGAAUUGAAAGGAGUGAAACUCUGUGUUACAGCACCGGAAGGUGAAAGAGAAUGCAAGUUGGAGGUUCUUUUGGGAUUUGAUGUGGCUUCACAGAAUAUCUUUGCCGCUCAAAGAUCAUUAGAGUCUAAGAUGACUGCAAUUAUCCAGCGCAUUAGCCAGAUGCAAUCUGUAAGCUGCAGUUCUGGCCAGGUACCCACAGUACAAUUGGGCAUACAUGCAAUGGACUCUGCCUCAGAACCUACUCAUCUGGACUUUACUGAUAAAUACACAGAGCUUAUUGAGACCUUUAAGGCCCUCCACAACCGUGGACCUUUUGUUAUGAAUGCAGCCACAAUCAAAGGUUAUAUUGACAGAUUCAAGGGUCGGCCUACAGACAGUGUCAGGGUUGUAAUCCAUUUGACUGAUGGAUUAGAUGCCCAGUAUAACAUUCUGAAAGAGCGAAUUGAACAGAUGCGUGUAGCUGGUAUUAAGGGUUUCAUACUUGUUGGUCUGGAGAGAGUUCAACGCUUUGAAGAUGCAACUCUUUUGGAAUUUGGCCGUGGCUUCAGGAACACACGACCUCUGCGUGUCAACCUCAUGGACCUGGAUUAUGAGCUACUGGAAGAACUGGACAACAUUGCUGAGAGGGAAUGCUGUUCUGUUCCAUGCAAGUGUACUGGUCAAAGAGGGGACAGAGGAGUGGUUGGACCUGCUGGACCAAAGGGUAUGCCUGGUGGUCAGGGCUUCAGUGGACAUCCUGGUGAUGAAGGUGGACCAGGAGAGAGAGGUCCACCUGGUGUAAAUGGAACUCAAGGCUUCCAAGGAUGUCCAGGCCAAAGAGGCGUUAAGGGAUCUAGGGGAUACAAUGGUGAAAAGGGUGAAACUGGAGACAUUGGUUUAGAUGGAAUCAAUGGAGAGGAGGGAACAAGUGGAGUUGCUGGACCUCCAGGAGACAGAGGAAACCCUGGACAAAGGGGACCUAAAGGAGCCAAAGGCCAUGCAGGAGAUAUUGGUCAGACUGGGAUCCAUGGUGAUCCAGGAACACCAGGAAGAGAUAACACCCAGAGGGGACCAAAAGGGGAUCCAGGCGAUGCUGGCCCAGCGGGAGAAGCAGGGGUGGAUGGAAAUAAAGGAGAUCCUGGUGAACCAGGCAGGCGGGGCUCUGAUGGUAGAAGGGGGUCUCCUGGUCAACCUGGUGCUGCUGGAAAGCCUGGUGCUGAUGGUUUAGCAGGAGAACCAGGAAUUGGAGGAUCUCGGGGUCCUGCUGGACCAAUUGGAACACCUGGUGCUAGGGGAGAGGAUGGAAACCCCGGUCCAAGGGGCCCAGGGGGACUGCCAGGAUCUGCUGGAGAAAAGGGCAGAAGAGGUGCUCUCGGCCGUAAGGGUGAACCAGGGGAGCCAGGACCUAAAGGUGUUGUGGGACCCCUAGGACCCCGUGGGGAGCCUGGUGAUGAUGGACGUGAUGGGUUUGGUAUACCUGGUCCAAAAGGAAGAAAGGGUGAUGAAGGUUUCCCUGGUUUCCCUGGUCCAAAGGGUGCAGCAGGUGACUCUGGUUCAAAGGGAGGACCUGGACGUAGAGGAAACAAUGGCCAACGGGGUACCUCAGGAGGGCCUGGUGGGCCUGGUCAGGAGGGAGAAAUUGGAUACCCAGGACCCUAUGGCCUGAAAGGACCCAGAGGACCUGGUGUGGUGCAAUGUGAACUGGUCAAGAAAAUUAGGGAUAACUGUCCCUGCUGCUAUGGGGCUCAGGAAUGUCCCCUCUACCCAACUGAGUUGGCCUUUGUCCUGGAUGCAUCAGAUGGUGUAACAUAUACAAUGUUCAACAACACACAGGAGACUGUCCUACGUCUGGUUAAUGACAUUACUAUUUCUGAGAGCAACUGUCCACGAGGGGCGCGUGUUGCUCUAGCACUCUACAACGAUAAAGUGACAACUGAGAUCCGCUUUGCUGAUGCCCUGAAGAAGCGAGCGCUUGUUGACCGACUUCGAGGGCUUCAGUCUCUGCAGAACCGUAGAGAGCGAAAACUGGAGACGGCCAUGAACUUUGUUGCACAGAACACAUUCAAGAGAGUCCGUAGUGGCUUCCUUGUUCGCAAAGUUGCAGUUUUCUUCGUCGGUGGCGCGAUCACUAUGACAAAGGAAUUUAGUGACGCUGCUCUCCGACUCUAUGAUGCUGGAAUUUCUUCUGUUUUCCUUCUAAACCGUGAAGAUCGUCCGCUUAUCAGAGCCUUGAAUCUUAACAACACCGCGCUAGCUCAGGUUAUGGUCCUGCCCCAAUUUGGAACUGCUGAAUACAACAGAGUUAUUAAGAAGAUCAUGACCUGUCAUAUCUGCCUGGACUUCUGUGCCCCGGAUGCGAGUUGUGGCAAUGUCCCUUCACGUGUGGCCAGAGACCGGAGGGAUUCCACCACUGACUUGGACAUCGACAUGACCUUCAUUGUGGAUAGUUCUGAAACCACCUGGCCUUCUGUCUUUACAGAUAUUAAGCAAUACGUGGCUCAUAUGGUAGAGCAGUUGGAGCUGUCCCCUGAUCCAGCCAUCACUACCCAUCACGCUCGAGUGGCACUUGUCCAGCAUACUCCUUACGAAUACUUGAACAAUGGCAGCGGCAUUCCCAUCAGCGUGGCCUUUGGCCUGACAGACCUUAAGUCUGCAAACAGCAUCCGAACCUUCCUGAUGGAGAAAGUGCUUCAGCUGGAGGGAGGACGAGCACUUGCAGCCGCACUUGAAGGCACUGUGGAACAUGUGCAUGAGAAGUCACCAAAUCCCCGACACUUGAAGGUAUUAGUUCUGAUGGUGACCGGUCCAGUAGAAGUGGAUGGGCAGAGAAUAUUACAAGCCUCCGUUGAAGUUAAAUGCAAAGGGUACUUCAUUGUGGUAAUGGCAGUUGGAAAGCGAUUUGGGUCAGGUGAUGUCAGUGUCCUGGCUCAAGUGGCAAGUGAACCUUCGGAUGUGUUCUUUAAGAGAGUGGAUGGACCAUCAGGCUUCUAUGAUGACCAUAUUCAGACUUUUGCCAAACUGUUGCCCAAGUACCUCGGACUUGAAAAUGCUUUCUACCUGUCCCCUGAAGUAUCCAAAAAGUGCCAGUGGUAUCUGAGUGACCAGCCACACAAAACUCCAUUCAAUUCACCACAAGUACAUGACAAACAGCAGAAGCAUCAUAAAGAGCAGGAGGUUCAUGACAGAAAACAUAAAGAAAUGGGUAUGGAGGAACUGCAUCUGGUUAACGUCACCUCAAGUGGAUUCUCCUUACAAUGGUUGAGCGGCGAUUCGAGGGCCACCCAUGACGUUACAGUGACUCGACUGAAAGAUCAUAGUCUGGUGUUGAAAAAGAACGUGACGGGCAGCCUUCUCUCCGUCAGUGAGCUGGAGGCAGCUCAGACCUAUCAUGUAAUAGUCAACACUCGCGAUGUCAGCGGUCAUGUCGCCAACACCUACAAAGGCAUUGUUCCCACAAAAUCAGCCGAGAAGAAGGUUCUUGCCGUCAGUGAAAAGCAGAUUGCGCCUACUGCACCACCUAGUAAACCAGAAACGAAAUCAGCACAAAAGGAAGUCCCUAAAGCCAGUGAAUCUACCGCACCCUUGAGUCAACCAGAAAUUAUUGUUUUAGCCGAUUCAGUAGAACAGAAGAUUGUUAAUAUUAGUGAAAUGAUGGCAAGUGAGUCCACCGCACCCUUGAGUAAACCAGAAAUUAAAUCGGCAAUGAAGGUUGUCACUCGGGGUGAAGUGAGGGGAAGUGUAUCCACUGCACCCUUACAUAAAUCAGAAAUUAAAUCAGCAGACCAUAAGAGUCCUGCUCAAAGUAGGGCGAUGGGGAGUGUUUCCACCGUGCCUUUAAAUAAGCCAGAAAUUAUUAACAAACUUACGGAUCCAUGCUCACUUGACUUUGACAUUGGAGAACAAUGCAACAAAGACUUUGAAGCUAAGUGGUACUUUGACAGAAAGAAUGGAUUCUGUGCACAGUUCUGGUUUGGAGGUUGUGGAGGAAAUGAAAAUAGGUUUGAGAGCGAGGCAGAUUGUCUGAAACGCUGCAUGAAGACAGGGGCUGACGAAAAAGUUGGUUCCAGAACUGCCCCGGCUCCAGCUGCCCUGCACUUAAAUGUGGAUAUCUGCAAGCUACCAAAACAAGAAGGCACCUGUGCCAAAUUUGUGCUGAAGUGGCAUUUUGACCCACUAAGUGGAUCUUGUACCCGCUUCUGGUAUGGAGGCUGUGGAGGAAACCAGAAUCGAUUUGAUACACAAGUUGAUUGUGAAAAGGCCUGUGGAAAACCAGCACCUGUUAAACAUGGAGCCAUUGCUGCGGUUAAAACAUAGAAACUAAUAAAGACUGUUAGUUAACUGCUGACAAUGCUCAGAGGAUACAGCACCUAGAACCAGAAGCUUCACCAAAGCCAAGAUGCCUGCACUGGAU